CCACUGAUCCCACAUCAGUGCAGCGGCGCAGAGAGAAGAUGGCACUGGCCGACACCGAGCGCGGAGUGUCCAGCUGCGGGGACUCGCCGUUCUCCGAGAUCAUCGAGCUGAACGUCGGCGGACAGGUUUAUGUGACCAGACACAAAACUCUGGUCGCCGUCCCAGACUCGCUCCUGUGGAACAUGUUCAGCAAGAAGUCGCCCAAGGAGUUGGCGAGAGACAGCAAAGGGCGCUUCUUCUUGGACAGGGACGGCUUCUUGUUCCGCUACAUCCUCGAUUACCUCCGAGAUCUCAACUUGGUCCUUCCGGACUACUUCCCCGAGAAAAGUCGACUGCAGAGGGAGGCGGACUUUUUCCAGCUGCGGGACCUCGCCAAGCGCCUCAGCCCGCGGAUGAGUAAGGACAACUCGAUCAGCGAGGAGAUCAGCCAGAGCGACACAGAAGAAGGCGCGCAGCAAUGCGGCUCCUCCGGCGGCAUGGAGACUUUACGCACCGUGUCCGUGAGCGGGGCCAUGCGCUCCCCGUCACUGGACUCCAGAAAGUCGGGCUAUAUCACGAUAGGAUACCGCGGCUCGUACACUAUCGGCAGAGACAUCCAAACCGAUGCCAAAUUCAGGAGAGUGGCGCGCAUCACGGUUUGCGGGAAGACGUCUCUGGCCAAAGAAGUGUUCGGGGAGACGCUGAAUGAGAGCAGAGACCCGGACAGGCCCCCGGAGAGGUACACCUCCCGGUACUAUCUUAAGUAUAAUUUUCUAGAGCAGGCAUUUGACAAGCUGACAGAGGUGGGCUUCCACAUGGUGGCCUGCAGCUCCACAGGCACCUGCGCCUACACCAGCAAUGAUCCAAACGAGGACAAAAUUUGGACAAGCUACACCGAAUACGUGUUCUGUCGGGAAUAACCAUCAUCCCAUGUUUGUGUAAAUAUACAUUUCAUAAUCUAUAGGGGAAUGUCUUUAGCAAGCUGGUUGUGCUGAAUGGUAACAUUUGUUAAGGGCGACAGACUGCCAGAUAUAGUUCUAUCAUUAGACACAAAAUGCCCCCAAAAUAGAUUUUACGCACAAUUUUUUUGCAGGAUGUCGAGAUAUGCAGUUCGGAUGUUUUUAAUGUGAGUUGAUGCACUCAUCCAAAGCCCUGUUGCGUGGUAAACACCAAGAAAAUGUCAUCAUCUCCAUCUCAUCAAACUGCAUGUCAGUGUUUCAGUCAUAUCUGACUCAGUGCUGUGUGAAUUGAGUGGCAUCCAGGAACAGACAAGCAGCAAUUAGUAUUCAGUGUCAUUGUAACUUCUAGGCUUUGCUUGAGCACUUGUUUGGCCAAGUUUUGUAUUAUCUAAUAGCUUUUAUGACAGUUCUAUCACUGACAUGAUUGUAAGUGUAUGUGGAGUGUUGGUAGAGUUGUAUUUGUUAUAAACCUGUUCAAAUAAAAUCUUCUACUCUGUUAUUCUCA